AUGGCCCACCAGGCUCAGCGCCAUGCCCAACUGACCCAACUCUGCGCCCAGCACGAGUCCCGAAUUGCGAACCUGGUCAAGGAGGCGGAGGCCCAUGAGCGGGCCCUGGCGGAUGGCGAGGCCCACAACGCGGCGCUGGAGCUUCAACUCGGCAAGGUCAAACACGCCCUCCUCGCGGGCGACCACACCCAGGCGAUUUUGCUGGACUUGUACCCCGACGACGCCUUGAUCAAGGCCCACACGCAGCUGGUGCGGAAUAUGCGAGAGAAGGGCGAAGGGUUCGAGGUCCGCGUGCGGGAUUUGCUUUCGCAGCUCGCCCAGGCCAGGGACGAGUUGCUCGAAAAGGACACGGCGCUUCGCCAGGCGGUGCAGAAAUGCCAAGAGACGGAAAAUCGGCUCGAGGACGCGCUCUAUUUUAUCUCCCAGCGAGGGCUUGGGGGGCCGUUUGAGAAGGCGACCACGAUGGACGAUUCAUCCGCCCCUGACAACAAAACUCAAGGGGAAAAGCGGGAGGAGGAGGAGGAGGAGGAGGAAAAUUCGCCGCGCUGGGACACUUUCAACCAAACCAUACGCGACCUCCAAAUCUGCGUGGAAAGCCAAAAAGGCGAAAUCGACCGCCUGCACAAAACCGAAGCGGCGUGGAAGGAUCGUGAAAAGACGCUCCGCGAGCAGCUUGCCGCGAUGAGCCAAAACCCGCUGAGCGAAAACGCCCGCCGAUACGGCCUGAAGACCGUUCACAGCUUCGAGGCCAUGAUGGAAGAGAUGCAGGCCCGCGUGGUGGAAUCGCAGGCCCAAGUCGACCUCCACGCGGCCAACCUCAAAGAACUCGAGGCCGGCGUGCGGGAGGCGGAGGAGCGGUGGAAGACCGCCGAACAGCGCGUGGUGGGGCUGCAAAACGACCUGGCGGAGCUCACCUCGGCCCGCGAGGUGCUCCACCGCGAGCGCGAGGAGUUAAACGCCGUCGUGGGCGCGCAAAAGGCGCAGUUGGAGGCUCAUGACGAGGCUCUCUCGCAGCUGAAAAAGACGCUGGCGGAGCUCGAAACCCACAAUCGCGCUGCGGAGCAGGCCUUGAAGGAGUGCGUCGCCGCGCGGGAUAAGUUUUGCACUGAUAAUCGCGCCCUCGUGGAUAAGAUUGAUGAGCUCGUGCGGGCGUUGGUGCAGGCGGAGGCCGAAAAGCGAGCCGCCGUCGCGCAAAGCGCACGAGCGGCAAGAACUAUGGACCAGGAUGGACUGCAUUAUCAUCCUCGAAUCGGUGGGAUUCAUGCCCUUCCAGCGCACGCGAACGAUUCCGCGAGGACCGAUCCGAAUUAG